UAAUGUAAAUUUCGUGCACGGCAUUUUAUAGGACACUAUAAAACACAAAAUCGUACCACUUUUCAGCAGAGACUUCCAGGAUGAAGUUCGUUGGAGUUAUAUUCGUUCUGUGUUUCAUCGAAGGAUUGGAGGGAUUUAAAUCCCGGGGGAUGAAAUCAAAUCCAUAUCCAGACAAGGGUGGCAGAGCAAUAUCUCCAAUGGAACAAAGGAAUGAGGAUGUUGAACUAUCGGUCACUGGACGGAGUGAGCAGACAUCUGGUUCUAGUGAAGAAGAAUCGGGAUCAAUGGAAGACGAAGCUAAAUGCAUUAAACCAGAUUUUUAUAAACUGCUUUCAGUUUUCAGAGGAUUUCCCAAAACGGAAAGCAGAGAACUGAAUGGUUAUGAAGCUGAUUUGUUUGAACCGUUGUUAGAUCAAUUUUGGGACACCAAAGACAAGAUUGGUGUAGAUAAAGCCCUGGAUAUUUUCAUGAAGGACUUUUCCAGGUCCCUUUUUGUAGAGCGUUACCACUGUAAAGGAACACAACUUAAUCAGAUAAUAAUCUCUAUAUUGAAGAUCCGAAGCAACAGCUUCAUGCCAGAAGAAUUGAUAAGUUUUAAGUCUGCAAUUGACCAGAUAAAGCCUAAAUCAAAGGAUGGAAAAAAUUCAAGCAAAGAUCUAUUGGAUAUGAAAAACCCCAAAACCAAAGUUGAAGACAUCGUAACAGAUGCUUUUAUGGUGGUCUACGCUAUAUUACAUGAAAAUGCACCCUUUGGAAUGGAGUCUCAGGAAUUUAGUGAUGUCGCCUGCUACCUAAGAUUUGUAAGGCAAAAUCUAAGACGUGAGGCCGAGGCUGAUGUUACAACAUUAGAACAGAUUAAACAGAUGUUUGCUGAAUGGUCAACACGAGACUUCCCUUCCGUGUUUCAAUGUACAGACCCUCGUCGUGUUGUCGAGAUCUAUAGGGAAAAUUGGCAAGGAAUUAAUCUUCCAGAAAAAGAGAACGAAGUAUUCCAACUAGUCAGUCGAUCUUUGAAGAAAUUUUUACCAAAGUUUCGCAAGGAUUUGCAGACGCUUUAUGACACAUUACAUAUCACUUUAUCAAGAACAAUUCAGAAGUUUGUAGUGAAAGUUUUUAAUGAAUUAAAGCCAUUCCAUGAAGCACAAUCGGACGAUGAAAUGGUCGAGUUCUUUCAGAAAUUUUUAUCCUCGGAUCCUAGUGAACUACAGUUUGCUGAAAAAUUGGUUAAAAGUUUAGACAUCUUUGGCAAUGACGAUAUGUCUAGCGAGAUAACAACCAAAUCUACGCCUACUACACCAAAUGUGUACAAAUCGUUUCGUAGAGAAAUUGGCGGCAAGACAUCUACCCCCAGCCCAUCAAGUGGUGGAUCUGAAUCUAACGAGGACGAUUCUGGAUCUGGUGAAGACAAAGAUAAAUGCAUUAAACCUGCUUUUUAUAAACUGCUUUCAUUUUUUAGAAGAUUUCCCAAAACGGAUAGCAAAGAAAUGACUGGUUAUGACGCUGCUACGUAUGAACCUUUGUUGGAUAAAUUCUGGAAAAAGAAAGGGAAGUCCGGUUUAGAUAAAGCAAUUAGAAUAUUCAUGGGAGACUUUUCCAAGACUCUUCUUGCAGACCGUUAUCAGUGCAAAGGGACACAAUUGAAUCAAAUGAUGAUCGAUGUGUUGCGGAAUACUACGACUAAUUUUAUGGCAGGAGCCUGGAAUGAGAUCCAAACGGUUAUUGAUCAAUUAGGAUCAACUAUAUCCGUUCCUAAACCAUCAAUUAAGGGAAAGAGGGCAACAAGAGGUGGAAAGAAUGACAUGAAAGAUCCAAAAUCAAGGCUUGGAAAAAUUGUUGGAAAAGUUUUUUGGGUUCUCCAACAAACUUUACGUGAAGAUGUAGCAUAUCAUCUGGAAAAGACGGAACUCUACGAUGUGGCCUGCUUCCUCGAAUUUGUCAGAGGUGAAGUGAGAAGUGAGGUCGAGACUGGAGCAUCUUUAGCACAGGUUAAAAACCAGCUGUCUAAAUGGUCAACUCAGUACUUCCCGGAUGUGUUCGAAUGUACAGACCCUCGUCGUAUCGUGAGGAUCUACGGAGAAGAGUGGCGUGAAGUUAACCUACCAGAGAAUGAAAACAAACUGUUCCAACACUUCAGUGAAGUUAUGAAGAAGAUUAUACCGCGUCUUGGAAAGGGACGUCACUCUGCCACAGCAGUUAUGGACGAUUUACAUAUUACUUUAACAAGGACAACUCACAAGUUUGCAAUGAAAGUUAUAACACAACUGAAGCCUUUCCUUGAUGCCAGGUCCACUAGUGAAAUGCUGGUAUUCUUCACAAAGUUUUUAUCACCAGAGAAACUGCAAUUUGCUGAGAGAUUGAUUCGAAGCUUGGACAUCUUUGACCAGACGCCAACCAUGGGUCCGACUGCAGCGCCGACUUUGGCUCCCACAGCAGCGCCGACAUGGGCUCAGACAGAAGCGCCAACCAUGGCUCCCACAGCUGCGCCAACCAUGGCUCCCACAGCAUCGCCAACUAUGGCUCCGACAGAAGCGCCAACCAUGGCUCCAACUUUAGCUCCGACAGCAGCACCAACUUUAGCUCCGACAGAAGCGCCAACCAAGGCUCCGAUGGUAGCGACAACCAUUCCUCCGACAUUAGCACCAACUGAGGAUACGACGACAGUACCAUCUGAAACAAGGAAAAGAAAUAACUACCAAAGACGUCUCAUGCUUCAGAAUAUUAAGAAGUUUCUCAGUAAAAAGUGGAGCAGGGAUGGAUGAUACCAAUGAACAAGUCUUGGAUAUUUCUGAAUAAAAAAUAUAAAAAAAAAUUGUUUACAAA